GUUUUUCUCAAUAUGUGCCUUGUUCAAGCCCGUUUUUACUGUUGUUGAUUUUUUUCCCUUUUUUUUUUUUUAAUGCAGUGCGGGUGUACCUAAUGAAGUGUCCAGAGAGUGUCACUGUGGGAAGUCCACGCAGUGACACUCGUCAGUGACUGACUUACGGAUGCCCGUGUGGACACUCGCGUGAUUGUCAGCUCGUCGAUGGCGACUCGUCUUGCUUGGAAGGCAUAAACUGCAGCGAGGCGACGCGUCUCCUGAUUUCAGCCCAAACUUCCAGCGAGACGUGCCACGCCACGCCACGCCACGCUAGCUGAAAGCUCCGUGGUGGGCGAGACUACCGUGCGCCCCCUCCUCACCCCCUACUGCCGCUCUCUACUCCAGCGAGUGUGGAAGCGGCUGUGGCUGCUACCCGAGCCGGCUCAGCGAGCGCUGUCGGCGGCUUCCACCCCCGGGGAAUGUCGGCCCCUGACGUCGGCCUCCUCCUCCUCCACGAGUGUCACACAGCAGCCAGAUGGGGUCUGAGCGCGUCCACUGAAGCAUGAAGCGGGAGAGCCGCAAUGGCGAUGUCGGGCCUCAUCCGCAAACCUGAGUGCGUUUACAAUCAUUGACAGCGUUGCCUGAUCGCAAUGUGAGCCCCGGCCGGCCGACAUCUUCUCCACGCCGCUCCUAAGCCUCACUCAGCAGCCAAUCAAAUGCACACGGACAAUAAGCCGGCCAAUCAUGGCGAGCAAGUCACUGGUGACGGACGAGCUCAAAUGGCCGCCGUAAACCUGCAGGCUCAGCAGCAGCAGGGACCCGCCGGCCACCCGGGCCCCAAGAGCCGCCUCGGGGCCGGCGGCCAUGGCGUCAACAAGAGCAACCCCGUGCCCAAGUGCGCCGGCCAAUCGGCGAGCAGCGUCGGAGGACUGCUCAAAACCAAAAGUAAGCGGGAGAGGAGCGUAUCUGUGGACUCUGGUGAACCGCGACAUGCUGCUCCUAAAAACCUGGAAGCUGAUGCCAAAGCAGAGGGAGUCACACGCAGUAAGCGUCGUUGCGUUCUGGAGAAGAAGCAGCCAUACAGUGGAGACGAGUGGUGCUCCGGACCCGACACGGAGGACGACGAAGACAAGCCGCGCUUGUCAACAACUCAACGGGAGCGAGUGCUGCCGGGACCCAGGCAGGCGCAACCAGAUCAUCCGCCUGCGGGGCCAGUCACGUCUGAGCCUGUAAUGGCUUGCGGACCAGCACCUGGACCGAAGCCUGGACCGAAGCCAGGACCGCCUCCACCUCAGUCCUCGCAGCAGCUGUUGUAUGUCUUCACAACCAGCAUGGCCAACAGUGCUGCAGAAUCAGUCAUGAAAGGAAACACUGAUUCCAUUCUUCAGUUUCAUCAGCAAAAUAUUCCACGAACCAAGUUAGAGCAGUGCUACGCAAGGCUCGUCGAGAAGGUGAACUCCAGCGCCUCUCCUCCCGCAGCCGCCCCGAAAUCCAAAAGCGGAACUCCGAGGCCGAGCUCGGCGGGAGGUGGCGUCCCCGCACUUGCGGCGGGAACGCCGACAUCGGGUGGCCACUCUGACAACGAUUCCCCUCGGAGCAGACAUGGUGGCCUCUCCAUUCCCUCCCAUAGGCCAGAGGGCGAUGGCAGAGGCACGCCUUUAGGCUCGGUCCCUGUACACAGUGAGGGUCUUCCCGUUGCUAGUCUCUCUCCGUCGGGGAGUCCUUCCAUCCUGUCUGCGCAUUUACAAAGCGACACGGGACAGAGAAGCGGCCCCGGCAACCCAGGCGGUCUUUCCAAGGAGCAGCUGGAACACCGCGAGCGUUCUUUGCAGACACUGAGGGACAUCGAGAGGUUGUUACUACGCACUGGAGCGAGAGGGAGCCCUCACGGUGACGCGGGGGUUCCCACCGGUAACCUCGCAAAUAACGUUUCCCACGUCAUGAGCAACAGUAGCGGCGAUCGAGGUGCUAUUCUGGAGGACGGCGACAACGGUACAAACACUGGAGAUUGCGGUAGCAUGGCGCUGUCGGCGUUGGCGUCUCUGGGAACCAUGAAGAAGUUUGAAGAGCCACUGCAGUCAAUCAUGUCACAAACGCAGUCGCUCGGCGGCGCCGCUCACAGCCCCGAAAUGGACCCUCGCCAUCAUCUAGCGCAGCAUCCUCACCAGCAGCUAUCCUCGCCUGGCUUGGACAUGGGCCCCUUGCUUGGACCAGAGGGGCUGACCCAAGAGCAAAUCGCCUGGCGGAAACUCCAAGAAGAGUACUACCAGGAGAAAAGGAGGCAACAGGAAAUGCAAAGUCCACAGGACUUUAGGAUGAUGACUGAAACGGGCUUGCACGGAGGUCCCGUGAUGAUCAGGGGACCUCCUCCCCCAUAUCACAGCAAGCCUGGAGAUCAACAGUGGGUUUCUGCAAAUAUGAUGGGGGGAGGAGCAAUGCCUGGACAUUUACGAAUGGCCGCCAUGCACCAAGAAGGACCUGGACGUCCGAGGUUCCUAGCACACGUGCAGAGAGGCCCACCGGGUGGAGCGGGCUUUCCCGGCAGUCCAGGAGGGAUGUUACCCGUCGACGGUCUCGGACCCCAAAGACCGACCAGGCCGGGGAUUUGGCUCGAUAAUAUGCCCAACCACAUGGACGGCGGAGGUCAAUUCCACGGUCGCUACCCACCUCAACACUUGCUGGAUGAGCCAGAACAUCUUUUAGCCCGCGAGGAAUUAUUUCGCAUUUCCGACAAGCGGCAGUUGCAGGGUCUUCCUAGGUUUGAACUCGACCGGAUUAUGGCGCAGCAGCAACAGGGCAAUAUGGCUUCAAGAAUUAUGGAAAAUCCUGGAGUCCCAGACUUCUCCAAUGUGGGUAUGGGCAGGGGUCCCCCUUCCAAUCAAGGAGAUCCUAUGGACUUUCUCGGUUCACGGGAUAUGGUGGGCUCUCCCGGAGGAGGGCCUCAGAUUAGAGACUUAAUCGAUUGUCAUCUGGGGAGCAACCUUUCCAUCAACAUGAACCCACAGAUGAAUAUGCAGCAGCAGCAGCAUAUGGCUCUCCAGCAAAAACUCCGUAGAGGCGCAGGAAGAGUGGGGACUUUAAGUGAGUUCUUCACUCCUGGCGAGAUUGCAAGAAUACGAGCGUCACAAAAUGAAAGAAGAAAUAUGGGAAUGGUCUCGGGACCCGAUGGAUCCUUUCGUUUUCCGACGCAAGGCCCUUACGGUGGUGGAGCGGGCGAAGGGCCGUAUCCUCCGCAGCCCGGUCCGGAGAUGUUUGGGCCCGAACUGGAGGCUCGUAUUCAGAUGGGAAGUACGCCGCGGCUCAGUCAUAUGCCGCUCGCCGGAGACCUCCGAGGAGUCGCUCCCGGUCCUCGGCAUCCUCCCGACCUAUCGGUCAACGUUCACCCGAUGACCUCUCCUACGGUCCAGCUCAAUUCGCCAUCCCUUCACCGAGAGCCGUCGGCGCUUCUUCCUUCUCCGUCGGCCCCGGGGCAGAAGUCACCCUCCAUGAUGGCCCCCGCGGGCUCUCACCCCCCUCUUCCCCCUGCAUCUGGUGCGGGGACACCUUGCUCUUCUUCCGUGAAAUCACCCCAGAUAAUGGGCUCUUCGAACCAUGACUUGCACUCCCCAUCCAUCUCACCUGGGCGACUCAAGUCCCCGGCUGUGGCGAUGGGCUCUCCUGCGUGGAUGUCUCCCAAAACAGAUCCUUCAAGUCCGGCCGGUCUCACCGCCGUGAGGGCGGCGGGCAAUGGUGGAAGUCAUUCCGAGACGGGGCGAUCAAUCCCCCCCAGGAGUUCCAACUCCACCCCGAGUACCCAACCAGGCUCGAUGAAUCCCGGUAUGACAUUUGUGACUUCGCCCGACGGCUCAAAAGCAAAGAAUCCGUUGUCGCUGAUCAUGUCUCAGCUGUCCAAGUACACCCUGCCCAGUUCCACUCCUCUUUACCACGACGCAAUUAAGACAAUAGCCACUUCUGAUGACGAGAUGCUGCCCGAUCGACCUCUUCUGCCCGGUGUUAGCAUCGGAGGAAACCCGGCGGCAUCUCAGAUCCUGGUCUCCCAGAGUUCCAUCGGUGGCCAUAGUGAUUCCCAAAGCCCCGUGAGAAUCCCGAGCCAAGGUCAGCAGCAACUCUCCCACGAAGCCUCGGAACACAUGCUGUCUUCCCCAAACCCGACGGGCCUUCCUCUUCUGAGUUCCAACAUGAUGGUCGGAGGAAGCGAUGACCUCGGUCCUUGCAACAUCUCACCCAUGUCUCAAAACCAGAUGGCGACUUUCCCCCGCAUGCAGCCGUCGUCUCACGGCCGUAUUCGCUCACCCAUGGGCCGAAUGUCGCAGAAUUUCUCUCAGUCCGGCGAGGACAUCCUCCCACCUCAACGGCUGCACCAACGCCACCGUCAUCCCUCAGAGUCCUUCCCAGGCCUUUCCAUGGGCGAUGGCCCAGAUCUGAGCGAAGUCAUACGACCGACCCACUCGGGGAUUCCCGAGUUCGACCUGUCCCGCAUCAUUCCCUCCGACAAGCCCAGCAGCACUCUGCAGUAUUUCCCCAAGAGCAAACCGAACCAGGGGCCCGGCUCACAGCAGCCGACUUCUCAGCAGCUUCUCAAACACUUGUCUUCUUCUGGUUCUCCGCACAUCUCGUCAUCCAACCCCCACUUGGCCAAUUUGCAGAACAUGAUGGGGGAGCCGCCGCCUCACCAGGGGCACGGCGGACUCGGCCAAAACAUGGCCGUUCUCCAGGGGGACGCCAGGGGAAUGGUGUCUAACGCAGACAUGGGACACAUGUUGGGAAGGACAGGGAUGGUUCCCCAACAACAGCAAGCCAUGAUGCCCAACAGUCUUCUCCACCACCCCUACCCGGGAAUGAUGUCGCCUCAGCAGCACCAGCACAAUUUGAUGGCGAGGCAAAACAUGAUGAUGAUGCAGGCCAAGCAGCGCAACAUGCCGGGAGACCCCUUUGGCCCCCAGGCUGCUUUAAUGUCCCCUCAGGGUCCCUUGAUGGCCCCAUCCCACGCACAGACUGGAAUGAUGGGACCCCAGUCGCUCAGACAGCGGGGGAUGUCUCUGGACAGCCCCAUCGGUUACGGUCCCGACGGUAUGGCCAACAUGCCUUUUUGAUCGGUCCCACGCAGCCCGGACAAGUGUCUCUUUUACGUUACUGUGGCAAUCCAAGUAUCAGUCCUUCCUUCCAUUUUAAUUGGCAAUCAAAAAUCAAAAGGCACUCGUUGGACUUUUUUUUAGUAUAACAGAACAAAUGGAUAGCAUUGUGAUGGUUAACAGGCGAAUGGAUCUUUUCCAAGUCACGCUUGUUACCAAAUUUCCAGGUCACGGAAAGGCAACCAAUGACAUAAAUCGUAUUCAGUCCUGCGCCCUGUUAUACAUUUUCUAUUUUUAAUUGAACGUUGAAAAAUCAGGUUGUUGUCUCCCGCUCUUUUGUAUUACAU